CGCACGUGGGCGCCCGGUCCCGGGCCAGAGCCGAGCGGAGCCAUGGCUGGAGCGGGACGGGCGCUGCUCGGGGCGCUGCGGGCGGCUGCGGGCGGCCACGGUGCCUCCCGGUGCCUCGGGCCCGCGGGCCCCCGGCAGCCCCCGGCGAGGCAGCCAGCGCGGCCCUUCCUGAGCCUCGUGGGCACCGGGCGCACCGGCUACGCGGAGCAGCGCGUCCUGGGGUACUCGGCCGAGCAGAUGUACGACUUGGUGGCCAACGUCAAGGACUACCAGCUCUUCGUGCCGUGGUGCAGCCGCUCCAAGGUGCUGUCGUGCCGCGGCGAGGUGGUGCGGGCAGAGCUGGAGGUCGGCUUCCCGCCCCUCGUGGAGCUCUAUGUCUCCGAGAUCUACCUCAGCGCCCGGCAGAUCCAGGCUGUGUGCAAGGACUGCCGGCUUUUCAAGCACCUGGAGACGCUGUGGCGGUUCGGGCCGGGGCUGCCGGGGCAGCAGGACACCUGCUCGCUGGACUUCUCCGUCUCCUUCGAGUUCCGGUCGGUGCUGCACUCCCAGCUGGCCAGCCUCUUCCUCGACGAGGUGGUGAAGCAGAUGGUGUCGGCCUUCGAGGGCCGCGCGGGGAAGCUGUUCGGGCCGCAGGCCGCGGCUCUGCCCCCCCGGCGCCAGCGGGCAACGCGCUGCACCUGAGGGUGCCGCAGCCCCCGCCUUCGCUCCUCUGUCUGCCUUUCUGGUUGGACUCUUUUACCGGCCCUGUCCAGGGCCUCGUCCUAUUUAUGUCUAUUUAACCCUGCUGCCCUAGAGAUAAUUUAUUUUUCUAAUCCGUUUCUGUUUAACGCUGCUGACGCAAGGACCAAACGCCCAUCGUCCAGGUCUGUUCUGCGGUGCUUACAGGUGUUCACCGAAACA